AUGUCCGAGCCAGACAUAAAGGCUUAUCCUCAAGCCAAAUACAUCUAUGAAUCUCAGGAGCAUAACGGCCACCUCUUUAACACCACGGCAGCAAGCACCACCUGCCCUCUAGUACAACCAACCCCCAUCUACCAAACACCAAACGAUUUUUCUUUCCUCGCCAAGAUCGAGGAGACCCCAUCACUUUCGUCAACAUUUGAUUUUGUGGACAUGCCACAAGACAUACCCGCCAUCCCCAAUGGUGCCUGGUUCCAGCCUUUGGCAGACGAUGAAAUCCAGAAGAGCUUUGGCUCGACAUGCUCUACAGCCGACAGUGACAGUCCCAGCUGGCUUCCAUGGACAAUGGCAAGCAGUGACGAGACGUGGCGCUCCUGCUCUCUCCCAGACUCUUCAACCGAAGAUCUAGGGCUGGCAAAUGCUGGAUAUUACAGCGAUGGCUGGUACGCUCCGAAUAUCAGCACCACUAGCGAGCAGCUCGUGGCUAGGCCCGUUGUCACUCGUGCACACGAGGUGCACGCCCUACAACAGUAUCCCGUCUCCUCCAUGUCCCCAUCUCCGCCGAAAACCAGCGAUAACAGCCACCGCUCAAUUGUUGCGCCCAAGCCCUUCAGUCACGGAUGGGACCUGCAGCCUUACAACAACCACAACCCCCCAAACACCGAGUCGAUAUUCGUCGACAACUGUAACGCUCACACCUUUGACCAAAAAGUACAACAGCGCACACAAACUCCCUCGUCAACAGAGGAGAUCCACUCGUCCUCUUCACAGGCAUGUCAAGAUGCAGCAGGAAUCACAGUCGACAUGCACUACACCGACUCGCGCAACGCCUUCUUGAUUGACUGGAAGCGGCGCGGACUAUCAUACAAGGACAUCAAGCGCCUUGGAGGGUUCAGGGAAGCAGAGUCGACGCUUCGGGGCAGGUUUCGCACUCUCACUAAAGCGAAAGAGCAGCGGGUGAGGAAGCCGAAGUGGCACGAGGAGGAUCUCAAGCUUCUCAUUGAAGCAGUCAACGCCUGCUUCUCGGAAUUCAAUGGGUUUUCUUCUUCUCGAGGCCCGCCGCGCAAGGACGCAGAGAUCCUGCCCAAGGUGUCGUGGAAAAAAGUCGCGCAGCAUAUCUGGAGCCAUGGAGGAUCGUAUCAUUUUGGGAAUGCGACUUGUAAGAAAAAGUGGUGUGAGAUUAACAAUAUCCAGAUGUGA